AUGGAAGGAGGACAACUGAAGAUAAACAGUUUAACGGCAAAGGACAGUGGGACGUACAUCUGCUCAGCACAAAGCGAGUUUGUUCACGUGGAGACUGAGACGCAACUGAUUGUAAAAACAGGUGAGAAUUAUUUGCUAUAAUAACCUUGCAUAUCUUCUGUUCCUUUCCUCGCCUACUUGUUGUUCCUUUCUUGGUUGAAUUACUUGAUGUACUUGUUGUUGUUUGCUUGUUUUUUUUUCACACGUGUAUAUUUAGAACAAAUCUAAGAAGAUGACAAUCUACGAUAAUAAUAUCCAAACUUUGAAUCGCUUCUCACGAGUAUAAAUAUAGACUGAACGAAAAGAGGACCAGUUUCGCAAAAGUAAUUCCCAUUUCCCGAAAAAAUUGGAGGAAUAAGAAAAUUACUCGUCAGAGAUUAAGCUAAACAGAGAAAAGUCUGCCAUUUUGGGAAAGUAAGCUGGUUUCAACUGAAUUAGGCUAGAAUCUCUUAACCCUAAAAAAAAUUUCAAGGAAAUUAUAUUUGUUGUAAAUAAGGUAAAAAUACUCAAGUUACUGUACUAAAAAAUUUUUUUUUAACUUUUGAAACGGCAAAAAAUCGGUGGUCAAUCACUUCAUCCAUUUUUCGAACUCUUUACAAAUUCUAAUUUCGAGUGGCUCAGGGAAUUUGUUUCUUACUGAAACUUUCUUGUGUUUUUUCUUUAGCCCGAGAUUGCACAGAGCUCCUUGCUGCCGGCUUCAAGGAUAGUGGAGUGUACACAGUCAACCCAGCAAACAAAACCAGUUUUGAAGUGUACUGUGACAUGACGACGGAUGGUGGUGGAUGGACCGUCUUUCACAAACGCUUUGAUGGGUUCGUUGGAUUCUACAGGGACUGGGACGAGUACAAGAACGGGUUUGGUGACGUCACAGGGGAGUUUUGGCUUGGAAACGAAAAGAUUCAUCAACUGACCGAGAUCCCGAGUCAGUUGCGAGUGGAAAUCAACACCACAUCGGCUGGAAAUAGAUACGCAAAAUAUAGUAAUUUUACGGUGACAAAUGAGGCAACCAACUACACCUUGUUUGUCGGAUUCUAUUCUGGUAACGCUAAAGAUCGACUUUCUUAUCAUAACGGUAUGGCUUUCUCCACCCAGGACAGGGACAAUAACAAGGACAGUGGGAACUGUGCUAAGGUUUACAAAGGAGCAUGGUGGUUUAAGUCCUGUUCUCAUUCCAGCCUGAACAGUAACUUCGGAGAUAACUACUAUACUUGGCACUGGAGUCCACUCAUUGGUAGCCAGAUGAAACUCAAACCAAAAUCCCCUUGACUGACUUUCUAAUCUACAUCUGGAAAGCGAGGUGAUUAGAAUGAUGGAAGAGAUAAUAAGAAAAACUUCAGAUUAUAGUAAUAAUAAGCUGUGAGUCAUUAUAGCGAGGUAUUUGAAACACCUUAUAUAAGCAUAAGAUUCACAACGUAGCAGCCUAAAUUUAGUCUAAUCUAAAGCGUUUGCGAAAUUUGUAGUUGCCGCCAUUCAGCAAGCUUUGUUUGUUUCAAAAUUGUAACAUUUUCGUCGUUACUUACUUUUGCCUUCUUGAAUAACUUGCGUGAUUUCCAUGUAAAAUCUCGCGAAUUUUGGUAAUCUCCCCAUCUUGUAACUUUGCUAAAUUUCGUCGGUUUUGGUGGGCCCUUCCUUAAACCUCCCAAAUUACUUUAAUAAUUUUCGUCCGUACGCGCGUUCAUAAGAGUUUUUGAAAAUUUGGUAAUAUUUGCUAUUGGGCGAUUUUUUGUGUCUGCGUUCAAUCCUGGUAUUUCAUGGACGUGACUGAAGGUCUCAAUGGGAUGCUGCCUUACCGCUAACGGUUAAAAUGUUGGCAAUUUUACGGCUAAUAGUUAAUUUUUUUUGUGUCGGACAAUCGAAAAACUUUUACAGUUCACUUUUUCUAGAGGUUAAAUUUUUUGUUAAAUUUUUUAAAGCCGUUUUACCGCUAACGGUUAACCCCAUUGAAACCCUCAUAGUUGACUCUGAAACCAAACGCAAGCGAGUUAAACGAAUGCGUUUCAUUAACCGAGGGUUUUUAACAUAAUAAUAAUAAUAUUUGAGUGCAUUUUACGUAGCAGGAAGCUAGGAUAUAUAAACAUUGUAAACACGGUUGUAAAAUCUUAAAUUGUGUGAAAUCUUAAAUUGAGGAAGUGAUGAAAAAAAGAAAUUAUAGCUAAAACUGAAUUAUUUUGAUUAACUAACAUGAAAUACUGGUCGAAAUAUUCUUUGUAUGUUGUUUCGAAAUUUUUUUGUAUUAACUGAAAAUCCUGUGAAAGUUUCCCUUAAAAGUUGUAUGUUUCAAGCAAGAAAUACAUACUGUAAGCACUUUUGACAUACUACGUGACCGUACCUGUACGUGACAAAGGGCCCUUCAACUUGUCCCAAGAUUCAGCAAAGUUAAUUUGAAGAUUAAACACGUUAGAUCAUUGCUUUCAGGUUAGGUUUUGUGGUUAGGUUUUGAUGAGCUGAGCCUUUUUUCGAUUUAAAUACCGUCAUAACGGGCCUCAGCCGGAAAAUUUCAGUACUCAAACAUAUACGCAAUUACCUGCAUCUCAGGAAGACAUUUGUAAUCGAAUAGAAUGAAGUAAGGCGCUAAGACAGGGCAAGUAUCCCUCGAUACUUUUAAGUCUUUAUCUUGAAAUGAACAAACAUUAUUAUGACAGGAUGGACGUCUCCUCGUUUAGUAGUACUUUCGGUGUGAAAGUAAUUAAAGAAAUAUUUUUUUCACCUCAUAAACUCUACGUGUAUUGCUACAGAAAGUUACAUUUGACAUCGCUGGAUUGUUUUGGAUCUCUCUCGAUGGCAACAAGACUUGUCUUUGCAUAAACAUCUGCUUCUUUGAUACUUGAAAAGUGUCACGGUUCCAUCAACAGUUUCUUACAUAUAAUGAUAUGCCAGCACAUCGACGAGAUACUAGUGGAGAAACGGCACAGCAGAAUCAUCGGAAAGAAGCUCAUAUAAAAGCCAACUAAGGAAGCUCUCUGACACGAACAACGCAACAGAGGCAACGCAGAAAUGAAGGAAGAAGGAAGACGGAAGUUCUAGAAUCUGGAAGAAUUUUGAGCGCACGUUUCUCUAUUUUUUGGAAAACGUUCCAGCCACUAUUUAUAUCCUUCCUGUCUGACUUGGAGCAGAUGUGAGUGCAUAUUUUCAUGUCCACCGAUAUCAUUUUUGAUUAUCUAAUAUUAGCUUCUUUAAUUCGGUAUUUGCACGUAAAGUUAAGUUGAUCUAUCAGCGCGUUAAACUAGUCGUUUAAAAAGCGCGUUUUCGCAAAAAUGUGCGCUGAGCCAAAACAUAGCACUUUAUUGGGAUUUAACCUUUCUUCUCCGAUCCGAAACUUUCUAAAUACUCAGUUCUCAGCCUCAAGGUGAUUGAUACGUUAGUAGUUAGAAGCCACCAGCUACGGGUUUGUCAGUUUAAAACAUGAUAAAUUGAAACAAAAAAUAUUCACAGCCCACUUGGCAACUAACACAUUACAGCGAAUUGACGCAAAAGCAAUAUGCAGAAGAAAAUUUAUUGGUACAAUCACUUUAUACUAAGAUGAGAGAUUUAAAGGUGUCUCUUUCCUACUGUGGUUCUAAACGGCACAUGAGGUUCUACUAAGACUGAUAAGGAAUCGUAUAGCUAUGGUUGCCAAGGAAGUAAGUGAUAUCCAUCACGUAAUAACCUGUUGCAUAUGCCUGGUUUCCGGACCAGUUCUCCAUUUAAUUCAGUAUCUUGAAUUAAAGAACGCGAAAUCGAGACUACAUAUGUCAAAAUCUUAAUAAGAAUCUUCUUUGAGACAUUCUUUGUCCCAGACUCAUGACAUUAGCUUAGUGACGUUCAUCGAAACGUCAAGUCGUUGAAACACUUCUGCCCCUACGUGUUAAACACUGAAGGAAGUAACAUUCUAUUUACUUUGUCCUAAGCUGAAAGGAUUUUGUAAUUGUCAACAAUCCGGCCUUAAGACAAUAGCCUGGGAUCAUAAGUUUGAUUACAAAGAAAUGAAAGUCAUGCUUCCCAUUAAGCUAAUCGCAAAAGGUAUAAAUCGUUUGAAUCAUAUAAAGACAUCGACAAUUGUUGUAAACUACUGAAAGUAUACUUUCUAUGCAUAAUGACAAAUUCGGAUAAAAGCAGACCUUCUCGCUUUCUCGUUAUUUGUUGCCUUUGUAUAACUCUUUUGAGCGUGGUAUUCUAUAGUGUCAGUUUUAUGAGAAUGACAGGGGAGCUGAGGGAACAAAACAAAAGAAUUCUGGCUCUUGAGGAAAACCAGAGGAAGAUGAAAACAGACGGGCAGAUUUUCCUCAAAAGAUUUUCGGAAAGAUUAAUCCCGAGAACAUUUCAUUAAGUUCCGUGAGUCAGUUAAAAAAAACUGUUUCAGUGGCUCGUGCAUGAACCAAGUCGAUCAUUUGACACAGUUUGAUUUCAAUUACUUCAGUGGCAAAAACGCUUGGCUCCAUGGCUCUAGCCAUUUUGUACAGUGAUAAAUUCUCUUCAAAAUGCCAAUACAUCAUCUAACAAACAAGUUAAGAGAUUAAAAAAACUUAUUAACUGUAUAAAUUUGCCUGAAUUUAUUAAAUAAUUUACGAAGGUUCGAAUUCUUCCACUUAUAGAUUUAAAUUCUGCUUGUCAAAGGAAUUUAGUGAAGAGUAACGAGUGGUCGUUCGGUGAUUUCGAAAUCUAUCAGCGUUUCCUCAUAUAUGGUGCAAUCUGUUUGGCCUCACUUCUCUCCGUGAUAGACAGCGAGUUGAGCGAGUAGUCUACCUAUCCGGUUGUGGCGUGACCUAUUGUAUCAUUUUUAUAUCAAACGUAAGCGUGUCUUGUUGCUAAGUAUUGAACCAGAAUAUUUACACUUAGGCAAUUAAAAUGUUCGCUCUUUAUCCAAAUGCGUUACAUUUUUUCGGGUUUAGCCUUCAUCAAUCUUCGUGCAAUUGAAAUCUUGAGCUGGAAAGGAGAAAAGUUGUACAGGAGUUGCCAUUGACAAUAUUUAUUCUUCCAUUUCAGAUAUUUACAGCGUUCUUCCCCCUAGCUCUUCUUCAGCUCAGGUGAGAAUCCCGCGAGCCGCUGAUAGCCCCGCCAAGGGAGACAAUGGAGUUUUAUCCCCCGAUAUCCAUCGGCAAAUUUCAAAAUCCGUUUACGCUGCAACGCAAAAGAUCUGUACAAGCAAAAGUCAGAUUUGUAUCAAGGGUCAAAAGGGAGAACCCGGAGAUCCGAAGUCGACUUCUUCUCUUCAACUUAUUAAGGGAGAAGCGGGGGGUGUUGUUACUGCCCCUGGGAUUCUUUUGCAACCGGCCGUGAGCACAAUCGACUUGGGUGAGACAGCUGCAUUUCAAUGUUCUCCAGAGAAGAACGUUGUUGCAACAAUUUCAUGGUCCAAGGAGGAAGGCUCCUUUCCACUGGAAGAUAUUCCAUUGUUAAAGGAGGGCUCUACAUAAGGAAUGCUACAGUGGGAGACAAUGGGAUGUACGUGUGUACAAUUCGUACUGACCAAGGGACCGUUCAGGCUUCUGUUACACUCAACGUCAAUGAUAAAGUUCUAUUUGCAUUAACUUUCGUAACGUCAGUUUAAGAGGCAGCAUUAGUUAAAAUUAAGCGUCUGGCAGGAUUCAUCUAUUCGCCUUUUCAGUUAUCUAGUCAAUGGUAUUGGGGAAGUAGGAAACGUCAAGCACAUCUUAUUAUUAUAUGGAAAAAAAUCGAGAAUAGGAAAAACAAAGGUUUGUAAAACCGUACAUAAAUUGUGCUUGUGCCAUCUUAAGCUGAUUUUAACGCCAAAACCUAAAGAUCACCUUCUUUCCACGCAGCUCGGCCGCUCAUCUCUUUACCCGCCGGACCAAUCUACGCUGAGAGUGGAAUGGACGUCAAGCUCCCUCUAUGCCAGGUCAUCGGAUAUCCCCCUGCAGUGGUGUCUUGGUCAAAACUUUUUGACCAAAUCCCUGGUGAUAGAGCCACUGUGAAAGGCCACACUCUGACCAUAUCAAAAACAGACAAGAAAGAUUCAGGAACCUACAUCUGCACAGCUUCGAACGCCAUGGGUACAACACAUUCCAUGACAUCUAUGAUAGUCAAUGUGGUGCCUCAGUUUACUUUCAAGCCACCAGAGAAGAUUGAGCUCUACCAUGGACAGUCAGUGACACUCAACUGCUCUGCAGACGGACACCCAAUACCCAGCAUCACCUGGACACGGUGUAAAGAAGACAUACCAGCAGACCGGUUUGAAAUGGAAGGAGAACAGCUGAAGAUAAACAGUUUAACGGCAAAGGAGAGUGGGACAUACAUCUGCUCAGCACAGAGCGAGUUUGUUCAUGUGGAGACUGAGGUGCAACUGAUUGUGAAAACAGGUGAGAAUUAUUGGCUGUAAUAAUCUUGCAGAACAGUGGAAUGUUUUAGUAGGUGCAUAAACAUGCAGAUCUUCUGUUCCUUUCCUCGCCCACUUGUUGUUCCUUUCCUGGUUGAAUUAUUUGAUGUGUGUUGUUGUUGUCGUUGCUUUUUUUUCACGUGUGUUUAUUUAGAACAAUUCUAAGAAGAUGUCAAUCUACGAUGUAUAAUCAUAUCCAAACUGUGAAUCGCUUCUCAAGAGUAUAAACAUAGAAGAAAGAAAACAAGACCAGUUUCGCAAAAUUAAUUUCCAUUUCCCAAAAAAUUUGAGGAAUAAGAAAAUUUCUCGUCAAAGAUUUAGCUGAACAGAAAAAAAAGUAAGCUUGCCACAAUUUAAUUAGGCUAGAGUCUCUGGACCCCAAAAAAUUAUGCAAUGAAAUUGUACUUGUUAUCAGUAACACAAAAAUACUUAAGUUACUGAUAAUAAAAUGCAUUUUCUUUUACUUUUGAAACGGCAAGAAAUCGGUGGUUAAUCACUUCAUCCUUUUUUGUAACUUUUUACAAGUUCUAAUAUCGAAUAGCUCAAGGAAUUUCUUCCUGAGACUUUCUUGUUUUCAUUUUUCAGCCCGAGAUUGCACAGAGUUCUUCGCUGCCGGCUUAAAGGAAAGUGGAGUGUACACAGUCAACCCAGCAAACAAAACCAGUUUUGAAGUGUACUGUGACAUGAAGACCGAUGGUGGUGGAUGGACCGUCUUUCACAAACGCUUUGAUGGGUUCGUUGGAUUUUACAGGGACUGGGACGAGUACAAGAACGGGUUUGGUGACGUCAGAGGGGAGUUUUGGCUUGGAAACGAAAAGAUUCAUCAACUGACUGAGAUCCCGAGUCAGUUGCGAGUGGAAAUCAACACCACAUCGGCUGGAAAUAGAUACGCAAAAUAUAGUAAUUUUACGGUGACCAAUGAGGCAACCAACUACACCUUGUUUGUCGGAUUCUGUUCUGGUAACGCUUACGAUCGACUUUCUGGUCAUAACGGUAUGGCUUUCUCCACCCAGGAUAGGGACAAUGACAAGAAUGGUGGGAACUGUGCUAAGUCUCACAGAGGAGCAUGGCGGUAUAAUUCCUGUGCUCAAUCCAACCUGAACGGUAAUUUCGGAGGUGGUUACUAUUUUUGGAAUUGGGAUUCACUCAUGGGAAGCCAGAUGAAACUCAAACCAAAAUACCCUUGA